GGACGACCCCAGAAAUCAAGAUGUUGUUGAUAGCGAAAAGUGUAAAGGCGGCGUGUGCCCGCUUUUCCGUAUCGCAGCCUGAUAGAGAAUUGAUACUCCUAUCAGGUCUCCGCUUCCCUAGGAAUUGACCUAGUCGCAUCUCAGCCUCCUGCGUUCUGGCCCAGGUGACAUUUAAGGAGAGCUACUGGCAACACCGACAAUCAGACUCACCUCUCCUGAUCUAGGAAGCUUCAACGAGUUUUCCAAAGUUUUUACACCGACGACAUGCGGUUCCGAAACCCCACUCGUGUCUCAGACGUACCACCGACUGCGGACGGGCCAUUGGAAGGUGCGCCCGAGCCGAACAGCGCCUCAAAACCUACGCGAUUCUUCCUGUGGACCCGUCCUGGUACCUCACACCAGGAGAAGAAGUUGGUGCAGAAACUCGACCUUUGCGUCUUGACCUUCUGCUGUCUGACCUUCUUUGCUAAGGAUUUGGAUCGCAACAACAUCAAUAAUGCAUUCGUCUCGGGCAUGAAGGAAGACCUAGGACUCUAUGGCAACGAACUCAACUGGCUCAUCACCUUCUUCCAAGUAGGAUACAUCACGGGUCAGAUUCCGGCGAAUAUACUCCUGACCAAGCUUCCCCCGAGAUACUAUCUACCGGCAGCGGAGUUCUUGUGGAGCAUUUUCGUGCUGUUCCUGUACAAGUGCAACAAUAUCCACCAGAUGUAUGCGCUUCGCUUCUGCAUCGGUUUCGUGGAAGCUGCUUCAUGGCCCUGUCUCCACUUUAUGAUCGGCACCUGGUACCGCAACCACGAGAUCAACAAGAGGAGCGGCAUCUUGACGGCAGCCGGUAUCGCAGCCACCAUGUUCUCGGGUUACAUCCAAGCCGGUAUCUAUGUACACAUGGACGGCCACCUUGGCCUUCGCGGAUGGCGAUGGCUCUUCAUAGUCGACUUCCUAAUCACCUGCCCAAUGGUCUUUAUUGGCCUUGUUUUCAUCCCUGACUCGCUCUACAAGAAGAAGUCCUGGUGGAUGACCGAACCCGAACGCCAACUCUGCAUCAAGCGCCUCGAAGCUGACAAUCGCGAGCCGCUCGGCAAAUUCGACCGCACGCUCUUCCAGCGCGUCUUCGGUCGCUGGCACUGGUGGAUUAUGGUAACUUGGUUUUCCCUUAUGUAUUUCACCUAUCAAGCACCGACCACCUCGACCAUGGCACUGUGGCUCAAAGCGGACCACUACUCCGUGCCAGACGUCAACAAUCUGCCGACCGUUUAUUCCGCUAUCUCUAUCGUCUGGAUGCUGUUCUCCGGUGUGUAUAAUGACUGGCGCGGAUCAAGAUGGGAGAGCGUGGCGGUCAUUUGCGUAUGCAAUAUUGUUUCCGAGGCCAUCCUCGUCGCGUGGGAUGUCAGCAAGCCGGCGAAGUUUUUCGCUUUCUAUAUCGCGGGCACUAUCCAGUCGCUGUUCCCAAUCAUCAUCAGCGCCGUGCACGAGGCUUGCAGUGCGGAUGCAGAGGAGCGCGCUAUUACUAUUGCGUCCUGCAACUCCAUCGGAUUGGCACACGGAACUUGGUGGAAUCAGGUAUUCGUGCCCACCAUAGAGGCACCACGCUUCUACAGAGGUUAUCGGGCCGGACUUGGCGCGUCGCUGGCGAUGACGGCUUGGACGCCAGUGGUGUGGUUUUUCACGCGCAGACAGCGGCUAGAACAGCAGAAGUUGGACGGAGUUCCAGAAUCCCAGAGGGAGAGCCAGGCUAGUUUGCCAGAGGCGCCGGAUGUGUAUGGCGAGUCGAAGAACGUGGGGGCUAUUGGGAUUCAUGAGAAGUAGAGAAGAGGUGGAGGUCAAGCUGAAGGACAUGAGUGUAGUUGGAUAACGAUGAUGAGAGUUUUUGGAUUCUUAAUGGCGAAACCUGAACGCCUGGGAUCCGAAUGGGACCAGCCUUAUACACUUUCAUAUCGCGGUACUUUGAUCU